UGUACGUGAAAGAGACCAUAGCCAAGGGAACAAGGCGAUCAAUAUGGCACCAAAAGUGGAUACAUCUGAUCCACGUAUUCAGAAGUUGUUAGAACAAUUUGCAACGAUUUCAUUCACAGGUCAAAAGGCUAACGAGACUCUGAGAAAUGCCAAAACCAGCGAAACACUUUCGACUUUGAUUGAAAAGAAUCAACUUGAAGGGAAAGGAUUAGAUGCAAAGAAAGGUCAAUUGAUCGUUUCUGCUGCUACUGUUGCACCUCCUUCGUUGGAUCUCGAAAAACGAUCGUACAUCGUUCAGAGAAUUUUGGACGGAAGCUUGGAUUCUGCUGAUCGAAUCAGCGAAGCAGGAAAAUAUUUGGCAGGUGUCUCCGAUGUCAAGAGUGUCAAUAAGGCGGCCUUUGACCAAGCAUGUGGUGUAGGAGUUGUCGUUACGCCCGAACAGAUGAGCAAAAUCAUUGGUGAACAUAUGAAAAAGGAUGCCGCAAAAAUUGAAGAGCAAAGAUGGAACUCUCUAGCCCUGCUGAUGGCCAACCUGAGAGGUGAUCAAAGACUUCGGUGGGCCAAUGCAUUGGACAUGAAGAACGGUGUAGAAAAUGCUCUGGAGACAAAAUUUGGACCAAAAAACAAACAACCUGCUCCCAGCAAGCCUGCCAAAGAAGCAAAAGCACCAAAAGAAAAGAAGAGAGCAGCUGAUGCAGCUCCAGUUGAAGCAGAUCCUAACGCGAUGUUCAAAGAAGGAUUCUUGUCAAAAUUGCACAAGCCAGGAGGUAAUCCACAAAUCAAGCCUGAAUUGAAAGAACAACAUCUCAAAGCAACAGGAGGACGGGUGAUGACACGAUUCCCUCCUGAACCAAAUGGCUUCUUGCACAUCGGACACAGCAAGGCCAUCGCUGUCGACUUUGGAUUUGCUCGAUACAACGGAGGAUUGUGCUACUUACGAUAUGAUGACACAAACCCAGAAGCAGAGGAAGAACAAUAUUUCAAUAGCAUUCUAGAAAUGGUCAGAUGGCUUGGAUAUGAGCCAUUCAAGAUUACAUAUAGCAGUGACUACUUUGACAGACUAUACGAACUAGCCGUUGAGCUAAUCAAGCGUGGCAAAGCAUACGUCGAUCAUUCGACAGGUGAAGAAAUUGCCCAAGGCAGAGGAGGAAAGGAACAUGGACCUAGAUUUGCGAACAAAUAUCGCGAUAGGCCCAUCGAAGAAUCUUUGAAGGAGUUCGAAGAUAUGAAGAAUGGCAAAUACAAGCCCAACACUGCCACUUUGCGUAUGAAACAAGAUCUGUUAGGUAGCGGAAAUCCUCAAAUGUGGGAUUUGAUCGCUUACCGAGUUUUGGGCGCAAAGCACCAUAGAACAGGCGACAAAUGGUGCAUCUACCCAACUUAUGAUUUCACUCACUGCUUGGUGGAUAGUUUUGAAAAUAUCUCCCAUUCGUUAUGCACGACUGAAUUCAUCUUGAGCCGUGAAAGUUACGAAUGGCUUUGUGAUGCUGUGGAAGUCUACAAGCCACGUCAAUACGAAUUCGGUCGACUAAAUCUGGAAGGAACAAUCACGUCCAAGAGAAAGAUUCUCAAACUGGUAAGAGAAGGGUAUGUGCAAGAUUGGGAUGAUCCAAGAUUGUACACUUUGUUGGCUCUAAGAAGACGUGGUAUUCCGCCAGGUGCUAUCCUCAGCUUUGUGAAUCAACUAGGUGUUACCACGGCCACAACUUCUAUCGAAGGUCAAAGAUUAGAUCAAACCGUACGUCAAUAUCUCGAUACGAGCACACCAAGAUUGAUGAUGCUCUUGGAGCCAAUCAAGAUCGUCUUGGAAAAUGUCGAGGACGACUUUUUCCUCGAAUUGGAAAGACCUUUGCAUCCUAAAGUGCCUUCUAUGGGCAAAGCCAAAGUACCUUUCACCAAAGAAGUCUUUAUCGAUGCUUCUGAUUUCCGUACGGAAGAUUCUGCGGAUUAUUUCCGUUUAGCACCCGGAAAGACGGUCGGUUUGCUUAAUGCACCCUUCCCUAUCACAUGUACCUCUUUCGUCAAAUCUGCAGACGGAAAGGGAAUCGAUCAUAUCGUUUGCAGAUAUGAAGAUCCAUCAAAGAAUGGUGAUGCAAGCAAGAAGGCAAAGACAUACAUCCAAUGGGUCGCCAAACAUGCACCAUCAAAUUCACCUGUCAUGAUUGAUGAAGUACGUCUGUUCCGACCUCUGUUCACAAGCUCAAAUCCUGCUGCUGAGACAAAUUAUCUCGAUCACAUUGACCGUGAUAGUUUGGAUCGCACAAAGGGUGCAAUGAUCGAAGUCAGCUUCUGGAAUGUGGCUCAAAAAGCUUUGGCUGAUGCAAAAGCUGAAGCUGAGAAACGAACUGAAGAAGCAAAGACUGCAAUCAAAGCAGCCGCAAGUGAUGUCCCUGCAUCCAAAGAGGCAGGUGACGCACACGCUGGUGAUAGUGAAGGUGCACCCGAUCGAUCUUCUAAACAAUUGUAUGGCAAUGAAGUGGUACGCUUCCAAGCUAUGCGUAUUGCUUACUUCUGCCUCGAUAAUCGCGAUGCAGAUCUAGAGGGCAAACGUGUCAUCCUGAAUCGUAUUGUAUCGUUAAAGGAAGAUGCCGGCAAGAAUUAGUAUGACUCUCUCUCUUUCCCUCUACUUCAUCGCUCUGGCACUGUAUUUAUGCACAUCAUAACGUCACUUUAACAAUACCAUCAGUUUGCACUCCUUAC